GGGUACAGGCUAGGCAAGGCAGGCAAGGGGCAGCAAGGCAAGGUACGUGCAUGUUUGGGGGCUCGAAACUACACGAGCUCCCCUAGGGGCUCUGCUAUGGCAAAGCAGUCCCCGGGUGCCAUGUCGGCGUCAGGGGUGCCCACUGGGGUGUGGGGGGCAGGGGAGGCUUCAUUAACUUUCCCCAGCCAGCAGCUUCAAGAAGGUAGGGACCUCGGCGCAUGGGCAGCCGUAUGUCUCGACUGCAAGUGGGAAAAAUCCGACAUACGGAGCCCGAUUUCGGUAAUGGGAGAUUUUCUUGUCAGCUUGCUCCCGGGCCAUGUAUCCGCGUCCUUUUCUUGCGUCCGGGUCCCGGCUGCUGAUGGGAUCUGUGACAGUGACGUCACAGAUCCAGACGGCUCCAGAACUGCGGUCUCGGAGGGCGAGGUCGGCCUUGUGGCCGUCUACGGGGCUGUAGAUGGUGGUCUCCUUGGUGACUAUAAAGUCAGCAUCCCGGGCCAUCCGUAUGCUCUCGUCCCGCAGGGCAUUAUGGGUGUCAGUCCGACCGUGCCCGGUGCCACACCGGAGCAGGUGGUUGGGCAGCCUAGUGUCGAGGAUUUCAAAUUCCUCGGCGCAGUUGCAAGUGCGGGGGGCUGGGAAUGGAAGGCCGAGGCGGAAGGCCAGGGCAAUGGCGAAGUGUGGAGCUUCGAGGCGGAGUGAUGGGAAGAUGGGGAUGGCAUGAAGCCAGUCCCCUGCUCCAUAUCCAGCCAGGGAAAAGAGGCGUUGGGUGUGCCCAGAGAGUGGGUUUGGGUCCAUUGUCCGCGUGGCUGCCACCUGGCCGGCGUAUCGCACGGCCUGGACUUCGAGGGAUAAGCGGUGUUGGAGUGGGGAGCCGGAGGGUUCCCUCCUCUCGGAGUGCAGGAGCUCCCGGGCUCGUGGGGGCAUCGCCGUUUCACACUUCGCCAGCCAGGUAUGCAAGUGGGUGGGGCUGGUGAAAGGUGGCGUGAGGUGCCGGACAGCGUCAGCCAGGGGCCCUCCUGACGCUGCUGGGAGGGCAGCCAAGAGGCCCUGGGCUUGGGUGAGGCUGGUGAGGUAGGCUGGGUGUCCCUCAAUUGCGGGGUCGGUUAGACCCAGUCCUCCAAGGGAGGGAGGGAGGGACGCUUGAGCCCAAGUGCGCGCCUGCUCCACCUCCCCUCGAGGCUGUUGGAGGUUGCAGGCACGCAGGAG